GAUAAAUGCCUACCAUAUGUAUUCUCUGUUUAUGCUUAUUCUCUCUCUCAAAGGCUGCAGGAUGCAUGCGUUCAUCGCUGUGGAAUCCUUCCAGUACUAACAAAACAGACAGCUGUAAUCUACAUACAAAUAUAAGCCCAAGACCAGACAAGGACCACAUUUGGAAAUGUUGAACCAACCUCCGAAAUGCACAGUAUCUAUUCGUCAUCAUAUUGCUAAACAGCAGCCCUGAUGUGUCUGGACUAGUCGACAUUGCUCGGUCAUGUGUGAAGUUGAACUGGAACGUGAGGGCAGGAAAUUAAGCGCGCUCCUCCGGUAGUGGCACAUCGUGCUUAACAGGGAAGUAAGCCUAACCUACUUUCUACGUUGUUAAAAGUUGUCCGUGGCCUGUGAGAAGUGCUCGGCGCUCAAAGUUGAUUUCUCCUCGGUUGAAACGACGGUAACGUUAAUUGUCCACCUUUUAAGGGGCAACGUCAGCGUUAAAUUGAGUGAUGGAGGCAGGAAAUGUUCGGUAGGAUAUUCGGACUGGCGGAGUACUUAUGAGACAGAGGAGGAAGAAGGGAGACGGACUAUAGCGUCUUUUCAAUGUCAUAUAAUCUAUAUUUAACUGAAGAUUUACAUCAUCGGGAGGAACAAAUGUCCAUGGGCCUGAGUGCCACAAACAGGCCCUGUUUGAUCAUGGCCCAGUGGAUACACAUGUCCCAGAUGAUACAGUGCCUGUCUGAUGAGACUGUCAACAACCUCUAUCCCCCAUCGGCUUUCCCCAUUGAAGUCAGACAUUUUUUAGCUGAAUGGAUUGAGAGUCAAAGAUGGGACGACUUUGUGCUGGAAAAGGUGGAGCAGGAGAGCCAGGCUCAGGCUCUGUUGGACCAAACCAUCAGCAUGCUGCAAUCGAUUGCUCAGCAGAAUGCCAAUGUGGUAGACCGGAUGAAGCUGAUGCAGAUCAGCAGGAACAUGGCCAUGUUUCAGCAGCAGCCUCUACAGUUUGUAGUGAUGGUCAGGGACAUCCUCAGGAAGGAGAGGGUUCUGCUUGGCACAUCCCCUCAGAUACCCAACCCACCACAGUACCAACAGUACCCGAGUAGAGAGUCUUCAUUCCCCAACAUGCAGGAUGUAGACCACCUGGUUCUGAAGGUGCUUGAGGUCCAGGACAUCCGACAAAAGAUGCACCAGCUGCAAGAAGAGCUCAACUGGGAGAGGCAGAACUAUGAGGGUUUACAAGGGCCGAUUCAACAGAACGGACUGGAUCCCGCAAAGUCAGAAGUCCAGAAACUCCAGAACCACAUCCAGCAGCUAGAGUACAAUGUGAAAGCAAUGGCCACGAAGCGUUUCCAGCUGCUGAAGGAGUGUGUGGACUGUCUGGACCAGUGUCAGAGCCGGCUGAUCAGCAGGCUCAAGGCGUGGAGGUGGGAGCAGCACAAGGCCACCAUCGGACAUCCCUUUGAUGACAACCUCAACCCACUGCAGACAUGGUGUGAGCAACUGCUUGGUGUGAACGGGAAGCUCAGACAGGAAUUGAUGCUGAUAGGGGAACCGAUCCCAGAGCUCCAGGAAAGGCUAGGACAACUUCUGCAGGUUCUGAUUCAAAGCUCUCUUGUAGUGGACAAGCAGCCCCCUCAGGUCAUCAAGACGCAGUCAAAGUUUUCCACUACUGUGCGAUAUCUGCUGGGGGAGAAAGUAGCUCCCGGGAAGCCUGUGGUGCUGAAGGCGCAAAUCAUUAAUGAACUGCAGGCCAGGAACCUUGGCAGUGUACCAGGUGAUAAUGUCGGGGAACUGAUCAACAACACAGCCAUCCUAGAACACAACACAGCCAGCAAGAGCACAUGUGCCACCUUCAGGAAUAUGUCCAUCAAGAAGAUCAAGAGAGCAGACAGAAAGGGAUCAGAGUCUGUGACAGAGGAGAAAUUUGCUCUCCUGUUCUCGACAGAGAUCACCAUCACAGGCUGUGAAACUCCCUACAGGAUACAGAUGAUCUCACUGCCGGUGGUCGUCAUUGUCCACGGAAGUCAAGACAACAACGCUCUGGCCACCAUCAUAUGGGACUGUGCUUUUUCUGAAGCAGACAGAAUGCCGUUCGUGGUGCCGGAGCGCGUGCCCUGGAUAAUGAUGUACAGCACUCUCAACAGUAAAUUCACCUCUGAGGUCCAGACACAGCACAAUCUGGACCACUACAACCAGCACUUCUUGGCUCAGAAGAUAUUCGACAAGCCCGACUUUGCUGACGACUUCAGCAACAUGAUGGUUUCCUGGGCCCAGUUUAAUAAGGAGGUUCUCCCAGGUCGACCGUUCACUUUCUGGCAGUGGUUUGAGGGAGUGAUGGAGCUGACCAAGAAGCACCUGAAGACCUACUGGAGUGAAGGGCUGAUAUUUGGUUUCAUUGGGAAGCAGCAUCUACACCUGAUUCUCAAAGACAGGCCCAACGGGACGUUCUUGCUUCGCUUUAGUGACUCUGAAAUCGGAGGCAUCACCAUUGCAUAUGUGUCUGCUGCUGACAAUGGGGGACAGAAAAUCCAGAACAUUCAGCCCUUCACUAAGAGAGAUCUUGAGAUCCGUAGCCUUGGUGACCGCAUCCGGGACAUCAACCACAUAACACACCUGUAUCCUGAAUUUCCCAAACAUGAAGUCUUCAAAAAAUUCUACUCAGAGCCUCAAGCAUCACCCAUCGGGGGUUAUAUCCCUGUGUCUCUCCAUACUAAAGUUGGCACGGAAGCUGGCUCAACCACAACCCCGACUCCCAGUAUGGCACCUCUCUCCGUUAGGCAAUCAGUUUUUGAUGAUGGAUCUGCUAAGGUGUUUAAGAGGCAUCAGUUCCAGCAGCCAUUCAGCCCACAAGAGUCGAUCACUCAAGACACAAUGGAAACUGCACCUACUCCUGUGGAGUUCAGUCCAAACCCUCCUGUUGUCUUCACUGAACACAUUCCCACAGGUAACAAUAUGGAUCUAGAUUUAGACACUUUUCUCCAGACUCUGAGUCAUUAGAAGGAUUUCCCAUCAAAGUUGUUUUUGGAGUGCAAAGCAGACAUUGAAUGGAGACCGGAGCCAAACUCGUCUGUCUGACCUACACAUGAAAAAAGUGGCAUUGUUUGUGCAGACUUUCUUCCUUCACUUUCAUCAUACAUCUACAGCUUCAUUUACUUUUGAGUAAAAAGUUGUUGGGAGACAAAUUUGAUUUCUCUGGGACUCAACGUGUUGAGCUGGUGCUACGGAAAAAGCAGGAAAUCGUUUUAAGGACAAAGUAAAACUGAGAACAAACCAGAACGAAAAGUCCUUUCAUCGCUGUCUGUUGGCCCUCCUAGUUGUGCAAUCUCUCUCAAGUGGUGGUAGGUUUGUUGAUGUUGAUUUCUUUGCUUGUCUGUUUAUACUACACUCCAUGCAUUUUGGAAAAUAAGUGAUUUACUGUACAGAUUACAGUGCAUUUCCAACAAUGACCCAACAUGCAUGAAAGCAGACAGUGUGAUGCUCAUGGAAACAUUAUCGUAACAUGACAUCGUCACUCAGCUACCAGAGAUUAUUUUUGAGGUUAUGUUGUUCUCUGUGCUAGUUGCAUGUUUUAUUAUGAUGUGGCAAGCAUAUUUGAAGAGUGUUUUCCUAUUGUAUAUAACCCUUCCUUGUGAUUGAAAAGCCUGUCUAAGCCUCAGCUAUAGUAUGUUAUACACUCAGUCUUACAGUAUGCAUGGUAAAUACUUCAUAACUCAUCCAUGGGUCAGUCAGUGUUUGUGAGCCUAACCCAUUCUGUGGUAUAGUGAGGAUUAGGAACAUGUAAGGAACAAUAAGCUUUUCCAUCGCUGUUGACUAUGAAAUUAUGCCACAAUGAUGGACACCUACAAUGUAGCAGAUGGCAGAAGUGGUGAUGAUGAUGGUGGUGGGAAAUGCCUAUAUUAUAUCUGUCUACUCUAUUUCCUGUAUAUGUAUGUGUUUUUAAAGCUUCUGUUAGUUAACCUUAGCCAAUAAUGUUUGGCCUUUUUCUCUUAAGUAUGUACAAGUCCUACUAAUUGAGCAUAAAUGUUACUUAACUUACUUAUUUUUCUAUUUAGAUGCCCUAAUACACAAUGUUUCUGUCGGUGAUCAGAUCUGUGUCUGUCUUCAGUGUUUGGAGUGAUAAAACUGAUAAAAAUAGCGUAUUAAGUGAAUAAUCAACAGUAUAUUUCCAAACCAUUCUUUCUUGAUUUUAGCAGCUUUUAUUCGCAUCUGAAUGUAUAUCAAAACCAAUCUUUCCCAUAAACCAACUUAAGGUUUUAUGAGAAGCUUUCCAUUACCUACUUUCACUGUCAGUGUCGUGCAUGUAAUAAUAUAAUGGUGGUGUUGGAUGUACCAUGUUGCAUGUAAGUUUGCUGGAUGAUAACCUAAAUCACUUCGAGGCUACUACCACAAUCCCUAUAAUCUUUCAACUGUGACAAAUAAAAUCUCAGUUUUUGAAAUUAUCAAAAA